GUUUUUCCUGCUGAGUCGCAACUCUUACGUCACAAUUCGACCAUGUAGCUAGCUAGCAGCACAUCGCAACAGAAGCAGCGCAGUAUGUGAAAGUUGUUCGACUUAAAACGAGUAGACGUUGAGUCCAAAACUAUGAAGACCUUGCUGUUGGAUGUGCAGAAAAUAAACGAGGCGUCGUAGUCCGCGGUGGGCCUUCCGGUUUAGCUAAUGUUUCUCGACUUGUUCGCUUCAACUUAUCGUCAGCAGCAGGGAUGGCGGGGGAGACAUGUGGAGAUGACGUCUCGGAGCACCUGAGCCAGAACCCCCAGCUGGCCCGGUGGGUCGACUCGUUCCGGGGUUACUGUGAGAGCAACAAGCAGUGGUCCGCCCGGAGGGAGUUCAUCCUCAGGAACAUGGAGGCUUUCCCCGCGGUGAAGCCCGGGAUGUCCGGCGGCAGCGGCGGUCUGGACAGGCUGCUGUCUCUGUCCAUGGCCUGGGCCAACCACGUCUUCCUGGGCUGCAGUUAUCCGCAGGCCGUCAUGGACAAAGUCAGGGAGAUGGGCGAGGGGAUCGCCGUCCAGGACCCUCCCGUUCACAGAACGACGAGAGACGGACUCACGGCCAGAGGAAAGCGGAGCGCCACAGACGAGGGAGACGCCGACGGCUGCGGGAAGCGAGCCAAGACGGCGGCUAACGAGGCCGCCGGCCGGCCGUGGAGCGCGGCGCAGAAGUGCGGGCCGCCGCCUCAGGCCCCGGCGGAGCACCAGCCCUUCUUCAACCGCCUCUACAAGGCCGUGGCGUGGAAGCUGGUGUCGGCGGGGGGCUUCGGCCCCAACCUGGACCACUUUGAGAUCCUGCGCAGCUGCGUGGAGUCGUGCAAGCAGACGCUGACGUGCGUGUUCGUGGCGCUGAAGGACAUCGCGGGGCUCCCGGCGGGCCGCACGCAGAAGGACGGCCACGUGUGCGAGAUCCGCUGUCAGACGGUCUACAUGGGCACGGGGUACGGGCGCGACGAGGCCGCCGCCAAGGCCAUGGCGUCCAAGGAGGCGCUGAAGGUGUUCCAGGGGCGGAAGGUGACGGUGAAGGUGUGCAGGCGCAGGUACAAAGGGCGGGACGUGGAGGACCUGAUGCUGCUGGACGACCUGCCGCGGACUCAGGGCUUCCCUCCCGCGCUCAGCUACCCGUUUCAGGGCGAGCCGCCGGAGGACGGCGCCCCCUAGAGAACACG